AGAGCGCAAUCGGUCUUUGAAUUGUUAUAUUAUUGAGUUUUAGAACUUUCUAUAAUGAAUAUGCUUUCCGUCAGUAUUUUACUGGCGAUUAGCUUCGUUACUAUAAGUGCCGUGCCAAGUUGUCCUGCCGUAAAUGAAGAAAUUGCUACAUUACUUCCCCAUGAUUCCGAUUGUUCAAAAUUUUAUAAAUGCGAAACUGGAGUAGCAAUUGUGUACGACUGUCCUGCAGGACUCUAUUUCAACCCAGUCCUUUCAGUAUGUGAUUAUCCCGAAGAAGUAGAUUGUAAUGGAAGUGGUGGAAAUGGCGGAAGUACAUCACCAACUCAAGGAACUACCGAUGGUGGAAACGGUGGAAGCACUGGUGGUGGAAGCACCGGAGGUGGAAGUACCGGUGGUGGAAGCUCUGGUGGCCCUGAAUGCCCAGCAGUAGAUGGCGAAUUCGUUACCUUGUUCCCACAUGAAGAUUGUACUAAAUUCUGGAAAUGCGAUAGAGGAGUUGCUGUUGAGAAAGAUUGCCCAGCCGGUCUGUACUUCAAUCCAACUCUCUUUGUAUGCGAUUAUCCCGAGGAUGCUGGUUGCGACGGAACUGGAAUUGGUGGUGGAACUACUCCAACCCCAACUCAAGGAACUACCGAUGGUGGAAAUGGCGGAAGCACUGGGGGUGGAAGCACCGGAGGUGGAAGUACCGGUGGUGGAAGUUCUGGUGGCCCUGAAUGCCCAGCAGUAGAUGGCGAAUUCGUUACCUUGUUCCCACAUGAAGAUUGUACUAAAUUCUGGAAAUGCGAUAGAGGAGUUGCUGUUGAGAAAGAUUGCCCAGCCGGUCUGUACUUCAAUCCAACUCUCUUUGUAUGCGAUUAUCCCGAAGAUGCUGGUUGCGACGGAACUGGAAUUGGAGGUGGAACUACCCCAACCCCAACUCAAGGAACUACUGAUGGUGGAAGUAGCUCCCAAGGAACAACAGGAGGCACUACUCUAACCACUCCGAAUCCAAGUGAUGGCUACUGCCAAACUUUAGGCUGUCCAGAAUUAAACGGAGAAUGGGUAUAUUUCUUACCGUACCCAGGUGAUUGCAGACGUUUCUGUAAAUGUGAUUGGGGAAAACCUUAUGAAUUUACAUGUCCAAGUAACCUCUACUUCGACACAAUUCUCGACGUUUGUGUUUUCCCAGAAGACACAGAUUGUACAAAUGCAUAUUAUUAUAUUAUUAGAUUUUCUACAAUGAAUACACUUUCCGUCAGUAUUUUACUGGCGAUUGGCUUUCUAACUACAAGUGCCAUACCAAAUUGUCCUGACCGAAAUGAAGAAUUUGCUACUUUACUUCCCCAUGAAUCUGAUUGUUCAAAAUUUUAUAAAUGCGAAGCUGGCGUAGCAGUUGUAUACGAUUGUCCAGCAGGACUGUAUUUCAAUCCAGUCCUAUCAGUAUGUGAUUAUCCCGAAGAAGUAGACUGUGGUGGAAGUGGAGGAAGUGCUGGAAGUACUUCUCCAACCGAAGGAUCCACUGAGGGUGGAAAUGGAGGAAGCCCAGGAGGCGGAAGUACUGUUGGCGGUGGCUCCGAUGGCCCUGAAUGCCCAGCAGAAGAUGGCGAAUUCGUUACAUUGUUCCCACAUACAGAUUGCAGUAAAUUCUGGAAAUGCGAUAGAGGAGUAGCUGUAGAACAAAACUGCCCCGCUGGUCUUCUUUUCAAUCCAACUCUCUUAGUAUGCGAUUAUCCAGAAGACGCUGGUUGCGACGGAACUGGAAUUGGCGGUGGAACUACUCCCUCACCAACUCAAGGAACUACCGAUGGUGGAAAUGGAGGAAGCACAGGAGGCGGAAGUACCGUUGGCGGUGGCUCCGAUGGCCCUAAAUGCCCAGCAGAAGAUGGCGAAUUCGUUACAUUGUUCCCACAUGUUGAUUGCAGUAAAUUCUGGAAAUGCGAUAGAGGAGUAGCUGUAGAACAAGACUGCCCUGCUGGUCUUCUUUUCAAUCCAACUCUCUUAGUAUGUGAUUAUCCUGAAGAUGCUGGUUGCAACGGAUCUGGAGUUGGCGGUGGAACUACUCCCUCACCAACUCAAGGAACUACCGAUGCUGGAAGCAGCUCCCAAGGAACAACAGGAGGCACUACUCAAACCACUUCGAAUCCAAUUGAUGGCUACUGUCAAACUUUAAGCUGUCCUGAAGUGAACGGAGAGUGGGUUUACUUCCUACCAUACCCAGGUGAUUGCAGACGUUUCUGUAAAUGUGAUUGGGGAAAACCUUUUGAGUUUACAUGUCCAAGUAACCUCUUCUUCGAUCAUGUUCUUGACGUAUGCGAUUUCCAAGAAAAUGUAGCUUGUAUAAAUGCGUAGUUUAAACAAAUUAGUAAUUACAUGACUAAAAUCAUCUAUUAGAAAGUAAAUAUGAACAAGGAAUCCGUGUUGAUUUCUGCACUCUGAUUAUAAUUUAUUCUUAGCUUUACUAAAUGAAUUACUCAUAUUAUGUAAGCAGUCGUACUCAUUGUAAGAUAACGUAGAUAUUCAAUAAAAAAUAUUAUAGUAACCUGA